GUUUGAUGAUCAUUGGACAUUGAUUAACUUUCAAUCCUCCGUAAAAACCUUCACUUUCGCUUUCUGAUAAUAGAUGCUUCAUACUUCCGUCUUAAAGAAGAGCUGAAGAAGAAGAGUUCCCUCGAUGCCUUCAAAAUUACAUGGCGCAGAAACACGCAGGUUUACCAAACGAGACCGUCUUCGUAGAGUGUCGUGCGUUCGUCUUCUACCAUCAAGCGGGACAUAAUCGUUGGUUGGAAGUCGGAGACCCGAAUGUCUACUCAAGAGUACAACUACUCGGCAAUCGCCAAGGCGGAAGUACUGGAUUGUAUAGAAUUUUUGGAAGAUUGGAGUCGUCAGGAAUGCCAACACUAAACUUGCCAUUAAGUGAGAGUAUGAUAUACCAGGUUGUGCAACCUACCUGGCAUCACAUUCGUCUUAUUGGGGGAAUCAUUUAUGGCUUGCAUUUUGGCCCUGACUCUAAUGGAAGCCAUUUCUCAAUCAUAGUUCAGAAUAUUUUACGGUCCCUGCAAGGUACCCAGAGCCUACCAGUGGAUCCACGAGCAAACUGGACUGGGGCUUCAAACCCUCAACCUCCAUUCCAAAAUACACCACCUGCUGCUCCUGCUCCAGCUCCAGCACAAAAAUCCUCAGAUCCUUCGUCCAGAGAAGUGUUAGGUGCUCUUAAGGCUCGAGAAAUGAACGAUGCAAGGAUAGAUGCUCUUUGCUCGAGUCUGAGUGACGCAGUCAGGAUGGGAGCACAAGAUAAAGCGGCCGAGCUCAUUAAAAAGUUGGCAAAUGAAAAACUUCCUCUCAGCAUAAAACUCAAGAAUCCUGUUCUGGUGACCAUGGACUCAGGAGGGGAUACGAUCAAUUUACGGGUGGUGGUUGAAGAUAAACAAUCUAGUGGAGGAGCAUUCACCAUGAAGGUCUCGCCAUCGGCGACAAUAGAGAGACUGAAGCAAGAGGUUUUUGACAGAUUCAGUUUUCCUGUGCAAGUUCAAAAGUGGAUUAUCGGCAAAAAAAUACCCAAGCCCACGGAAACGCUACUUGACUUGAAUGUGAGACAAACAGGGCACACAGUGUUUCUGUACCUUUUGUCCGGCAAAACGGUGGGAUUAAGAAGGUCUGAUACUGAUCAGUUGGGACGAAGUCAUGCAGCAUCAGUCAGUUCAGCAGCCAGCGGCAGUGCUGGAACCAGGGUUCCUCUGGAAAGAGCUCCCGACUCACCAGAGCCGUUAAGACGUACGACAAGUACCCCCGAGUUUGUUGGUGUCAGUCAACCGUCUGGCAGAUCGGAGCGGCUUCCAACAGUGCAAGACAUUCCACCGUCAUCAUUUUCGAACCACGAACAAUUAAACCUUCCGCAAACAACAACUAUUGGCCAAUUACUCGACAUGUUCCAGCAGAUGCAUGGUCAAGGGGAUCUCGGCAGUUCCCCCGACCCCCAGGGGUCGUUUGUGAACAAUUUGCUGGCUGCACAGCUAGCAGCGGAGGAAAGGCCGCGUGAUGGAUGGGCCUGUGCUACGUGCACUUUUAUAAACCAGCCAACGAGACCCGGAUGUGAGAUGUGCAGUGCUGAUAGACCGCAGGGGUAUGUGGUACCUGACGGGGCAAGUUUGGACGAGAGAGAGAGGCAAAGAAUAGCUGAGGAAGAGAGGUCGGAAGCUUUGUUCCAACAGGCUGAACGAACGCGGCAAGAAGAAGAAGAGAUGGCAAGAGAGAGAAACUUUACUACCCUCCUACAGACCGCACAGCAAAGUCUAAUACCCAACCCGGAAGAGUUUGACUGCGGCAUAUGCUAUGUGCCCGUGGACCCCGGAGAGGGAGUUGUACUUAGAGAAUGUUUACACAGGUUUUGCAGGGAUUGCCUUAGUGAACACAUUCGUCACGCAACAGAUCCAGAAGUUCAGUGUCCUCAUCAGGAUGAAAACUAUGCGUGUCACGCAACCAUCACGGGUCAAGAAAUUAAAGCACUUCUCUCGCCGGAAGAUUUCAACAAGUUCUUGAACCGCAGCCUCGCCACUGCGGAAAGUCAAGCCCCCAACAGCUUUCAUUGUAAAACUCCAAAUUGUCAGGGGUGGUGUGUGUACGAGGACAAUGUCAAUACUUUCCAUUGUCCAGUGUGUAAUCAGCCGAACUGUUUGACGUGCAAAGUGAUUCACGCCAACAUGAACUGCAAAGAAUAUCAAGAUGACCUCAAGAGAAGGGCACAUAAUGAUGAAGCGGCCAGGAAAACGCAACAGUUUCUCGAGGGUAUGGUCGCUGGUGGAGAGGCGAUGCAUUGUCCAACAUGUGAGAUUAUUUUAGUUAAGAAAGACGGUUGUGAUUGGAUGAGGUGCAGUAUGUGUAGAACGGAGAUAUGUUGGGCCACCAGAGGACCGAGAUGGGGACCUGGGGGCACUGGAGACACCUCAGGAGGUUGUAGGUGUCGUGUUGGUGGCAAGAAGUGUCAUUCUAAAUGCCGAAACUGUCACUAACAGAUGCUCUUCGAAACAGAUACAUGCACUUAAGACAGUCGAAAUCCCCUGAGAGAACUGAGAAGAGGUAGUUUUGGCAGAGCCUUGCAUACCAACAAGAGAUUAUAAACCAUUAUCUCUUGAUACCAAAGAGGUCAGUUCUGUGGUCGUAGAGCGUUGAUCAGUUACCCUGUGCGUGGUAUUUAUGCCAUUUCCAACGGAUGUUCUUCGUUUUUGCCUGUUUGUUUUUGUUUUGUUAUAUUUUUGAUUUAACGAUCACGCGCAACAUUAAUUUGACCACCUUGCCUUUUGAUUUAUAGCUAAAGGGAAACCUAAAGAUAUAUUUCGGUGUUGUUAGAGGUUCUCUCGAGGCUUCCGUGUAUUUUAGACUUUCGAUGGCUAACGUCAAGGUGUUAGUUUAGAAAGACCCAUAAAAAAGGAAGAGGUAAAGCAAAUGCUGCGACGGUGAUGAAGGAUCGACAAGUGUGUUUUGAGACUUCUGCAUAUUCUAGACUGUCAAUGGGCCUUGUCAAGGUGUUAGUGUAGAAGGAUCUAUUGAAAAGAGGAGGGUAUAAAGCAAAGACUUGCGAGGGUGAUGAAGGAUGAUCAAGAUUGCAAUAAAUUUCACAUAAAGUUUUUCCAAGGUGUAAAAACCGCAGCGAACUUCCCUAAAGUUUUAGGUAAUAUUUUACUUUAAUACAUACGACACCUAUUGCACCCUGAAGAAAAUGAAUUCGAAAAAUAUUUCUCAUUACCUCAGACUUAAAACUUCGGCGAAAUUUCGUUUAAAUUUCCAUUUUAGCUGUUAUAUGUUUUUUUUGGACAUAUCUCUACGACACAAGCAUAAAUGGAAAUAACAUACGUAGAAGUGCAUUUUGUUGAGAUUUUGUGGAACAAAAAGCAUUAGAUGAUCAACGUAACAACUUUGGCAUAUUUUGCGUGCAGUUAUGCUUUUGUGGCAUGAGUAAACCAGUCUUCACCGUUAGCUAGUAA